AUGGGUGCAGGAGAAGCAAACAACGUCAACGACGAGCCACACCUGCCGCCUUCCCAGCCAAACAGUGCCAUGAUCACAGAGUCUGGCCAUGCGUUAAGCCAUGAUGACAAUGAGUUGGACUCAGAUGUCAACUCUGACGAAUCGGGAGAUGAAGACUAUGUCCUGAAACAAAAUCCAGAUCGGCAACCGCGAAUCAGCGAGAGGAAACGCCUCGAUGGUCAGAUCUUCGAAUCAUAUACUCUCCAACGCGAGCGAGAGUCACCGACACAGUGGCAAGCAGAUCCCUACAAGUCCGAGAAGGGGCAAAGCACCCAGACUUAUGAGGGAUACGAUGGUCGAAAGAGGAUGGUCAGCGACCCUCGUGACUAUCAGAAAGAUCUCUAUGAGCGGGCCAAGCUCAAAAACACAAUCGUGGUGCUGCCUACAGUAAUGUUGAUCGAUUACAUUAUCCAACAAGAACUCGAGAACCGCGCGGCCGGCCAACACCACAGAAUCACAUUCUUCAUCGUGGAAAAGGUCAUUCUUUGCCAACAGCAGUACAGAUGCCUAAAAGACAACCUUCCAUUUGACAUUGGCAUACUACAAGGAAACGACAACAGCAUAGUCAACACCAAGGAGGUAUGGGAGGAGAAAUUUACAAAGCACAUGGCUUUUGUCACGACCGCACAAGUGCUGCUCGAUUGCCUCAACAAUGGCUUCAUCAAAAUGUCACGUAUCAACCUCAUGGUAUUCGACGAAGCCCAUCACACCAAGAAAAGCCACCCUUUCGCCAUGAUCAUCAAGCGCCACUACCGCAGAGAACUGGACCCUACCCAGCGUCCCAAGAUUAUGGGCUUGACCGCAUCACCAGUUGAUGCAAAGACAAACGACCUCAAGCAAGCAACUGCUGAUCUUGAGGACAUGAUGGACAGUGAGAUUGCAACUGUUUCGGACAAAGUGCUUAGCCAGAGCAUCGGCGCCCAAGACCUCGUGGAGAGUUGCGUCAGAUAUGGUCAGUCCCCGCCAAAGAGAGACGCACACACGGUUUUGUGGCUGCAGCUGCGAGAUCUCGUCGAUGCGGGAGGAAACCAUCUCUUUCGUGACAAUCUUAUCGAAGCCGAAGACAUCUCGUCAACUUUAGGCGCCUGGCCUGCCGACCGCUUCUGGAGUUUGCUGGUGACAGAGAUUCGGGUGGCCGGAGUCUUUGCCCGGACCCAGGGAGAAUUUGAGACUGCCUCGGUUCAAGUGGCAGAUCGUGCUACCGAGACAGUCUAUCAAAUACAGCGUCUUGUAAACCAAUACGACUUGGGAAGCAUCGAGAGGUCUUCUUCCCAACCACAUCUGUCUCCAAAGGUCGAGUCCCUUCUUGCUACUCUGAAGCACGAGUUCUGCGUUCAGGGUACUCGAAGGUGUAUCGUGUUUGUGCAAAAGCGGUCGACAGCGGUCAUUUUAUCAGAUCUGCUCGAACAACCAGGGGUCAAAAUUCUGGGUGUUCGCCCAGGCUUUCUCGUCGGUCGACAAAGAACAUUCUUCACCAUCGCUAACGUCACCGAAUACCAACAGCAAAGUGUCCUGCAGGCUUUCAAGGAUGGCGAAACAAAUUGCUUGUUUGCAACCACAGUCGCUGAAGAAGGCAUUGACAUCCCAGUCUGCGACCUGGUCAUCCGCUUCGACAUGCACCAAUCUGCGAUUCAGUACAUUCAAUCACGCGGCCGAGCGCGCCAGAAGAGUUCGCGCUUCAUUGCCAUGGUCCAAGAGGACCACUCUUCUGACUUGCACUUACUGAGACAAGCUGCGCAAGAUGCUCGCUUGCUGCAGCAUUUUUGCAUGUCCUUGCCAGAAGACCGCAAAGUACAGGAUAUGAUCAUCGAUGCCAAGACAGCUGCCGAAGCUGAGCUUGCCGCACAAAAGGCAUAUGAAAUCGGGGACGCUCGUCUGAGUUACGACAACAGUCAGGAGGUUCUGGCCAGGUACGUUGCCUGCGUCGACCCUCGCGGCACAGCCAAGCCGGAGUUCAACAUGUCUGUGGAUGGCCAGCGAUUCUGCGCCGAGGUCAUACUCUCAGAUCCAUCGCCCGUCAAGUUUGUCUCCGGCCAUCCGCAGCCAAGCAAGAAGCUGGCACGCGGAUCGGCGGCCUACGAAGCAUGUGUGCUGCUGCACGGCAAGGAUCAUCUAGACGCCAACCUGCAGCCGACUUUGGCCAGGAAGCUCCCUGCGAUGAGGAAUGCCAGGCUCGCGGUCAGUGAGAACAAGAAAAAAGAGUACGGAGUCCGACUGAAACCUGCUAUUUGGACAAAGGUUGGCCCUAUCGUUGAUCUGUGGCCAGCAACUUUCCUCCUUGCCAGGCCAGAGGCUUACAGCGAGAUGGCAACUCCUAUGAUUGUACUGUCUCGAGAAAAGCUACCUCCAAUGGCGAGAAUUCCUCUCCAUUUCGGCCAUGGACGAUCAUCGUUGGUCAAUGUGCUCCCUGCUUUGGUGCCCCUACGCCUCCCCGCUGAAAAGAUUGACUUGUUGUACCAAUUCACAUUGAGACUUUUCAACGAUAUCUUCAGCAAGACCUAUGAUGCUGGCAAGGACGAAUUUCCUUUUCUGUUCGCACCAGCGCUCCAGUCUCAGGAGUCUAUUGCGGCAGACAAUUGCUGUGACAUCGACUGGUCAGCGGUCGACAAAACCACCAGCGAGGCUUGUCUUGCAUGGGAGAAUCGAGCUCCUGACUUUUUUGAGAACAAAUUCGUGUUCGAUUCGCUCACCGGAUCUCGCAAAUUCAUUAUACAUGGACUUAAUAAUAGUCUUCACCCAAACUCUCCCGUGCCUGACGACGCAGUUCCUUACACCUCGACAGCUUACAAGGCCUCUACACCAGACAUCCAGCAGUAUAGCAACAGCUUCUUCCGAAAGAGGCGCCAGAACACUGCCUGGCGCCAAGACCAGCCCGUCGUCAACGCGGAGGUUCUAAGUAUGCAAAGAAAUUAUCUAGAUCCUUUUGCUAGCAAUGAUGCGGCCAAUUCUAAAUGCUAUCUCAUCCUUGAGCCGCUGCAAGUCUCGACUCUCCCCGUUGGUACUGUACGCAUGGCUGCCUUGCUUCCUGCCAUCUUUCACAGGAUCAAUUCCUGUCUCAUCGCCUUGGAUGGCUGCGCGAUGCUCGGGCUUGAUCUUCCCCCUGAUCUUGCCUUGGAAGCCUUCACCAAGACGAGCGACGAGGUGGAGGGCACGCUCAGUGCAGACGGGGGUAGCAACUACGAACGUUUGGAAUUUCUUGGAGAUACAUUCUUGAAAAUGGCCACGACAAUCUCCAUCUUCACACUUCUGCCCGAGGGUAACGAGUUUGAGUACCACGUAGAAAGAAUGGUCCUCAUUGCCAACCAAAAUCUCUUCAAUCGCGCAGUCGACCGUGGGCUUCCGGAAUAUGUCCGCGCAAAGGGGUAUAAUCGUCGAGUUUGGUAUCCCGAUCUGCCCCUGGCCAAAGGCAAGGUCCUCGCCCACGAAUCCGAGCAACGUCAACAGCUGUCUCAGAAAACGAUAGCCGACGUCUGUGAAGCUAUCAUUGGCGCCGCUUACCUUGCAGGAUCUCGCACAAGCAUGGAUCUGGCCGUCAAGGCAGUCAGGAAGAUGGUAAAGAGUGGAAAACAUCCAAUGAAAUCCUUCCAGAAAUACUAUUCUCAUUACCAGACGCCAUCCUGGCUUCAGAAUGAGCGCGUGACCGAGGCGCAGAAACUUGCUGUGCAGACAGUCAAGAGCCACAUCGGCUACGAGUUCACCUCGCCAGCGCUGUUGCAGAGUGCCUUCACACACACCUCAUACACAUACGAGAAGGCCAUUCCCGACUAUCAACGUCUCGAGUUCCUCGGCGAUGCAUUGUUGGACAUGGUCAUUGUGGACUACCUCUACCACACCUUUCCUGAAGCCGACCCCCAGUGGCUGACAGAGCACAAGGGUGCUAUGGUUUCAAACCAGUUCUUGUCUUCUCUCUGCGUCCAGCUACAGCUUCACAAACACCUCCGCAUAACUAACUCGUCUCUGAUCAUUCAACGGGCCGAGUACGCGGCCAGUCUUGAGAGAGCGAGAAACGCGGCGGAACAAGAGGCCAGCAACGGCACCAAGCUUCGAAUGGACUACUGGAGAAACACCCUCACCCCGAACAAAGCAUUGGCGGAUGUAGUCGAGGCCGUUGUCGGUGCCAUGUUUGUGGACUCACAGUACAAUCUGAAUGUUGUGCGGUGCUUCUUUAACGUGCACGUCCAGCCGUUCUUUGAGGACAUGUCCAUCUACGACACAUUCGCUUCGAGUCAUCCCGUGAACCUACUCGCCAAGAAGAUGCAGAUGGAAUUUGAGUGCAGGGAUUGGCGUCUUCUUGUCAAACUGGUCCCCUGUCCUCUCAGCCAAGGGAUUCAGGCGAUUACACAAGACGACGUGCUGUGCGGGUUGAUGGUGCACGGGCGAGUUGUGGAAGACGCCAAAGCCAAGGCCAGCAAGGACGCCAAGGCAGCAUGCGCUGAGAAGGCGGUUGGUACGUUACUCACAAUGAAGCUCGCAGACUUCAGGGAGAUAAUGGGAUGUGACUGUGGCCAGGACGAUGGCGGCGAGGAACAUGAGAAUGCACACGGAACGGCAAUCUAG